GAAAAAAACAUGCGUUAUUUCCACUCUGUAUCUAUAACUAAUUCUCAGUAUUUGCACAGUGCUGUUCUUUUUUGGUUGUUUUUUCCCCCGAAAAAGUAACAAGCUGUUAAUUAAUAAAUGUUUUAACAAAUCCCAAAACAACUGGUUAGUUCAACGGAUGAGCAAUGAUAAUACCAUCUAAUACAAAAAAAAUUAUUUUUUGAAUGAAACAUGUUUGUGUGAAAUAUAUUGUUGAAGUGUCUUUUUCUCUUCUCAAGCGGUCCGGUUGCUGUUCCCGGCAUCUACAGUGGUUGAUGAAAGUAAUAAUGUCCAUUUACUGGCAAAAUACUGAGGAAUCCUUUGAUUUUUUCACAAUGCCGGACUUCUCCCCACCGUCCAAAAAGUAAAUUAGUAACAAUGAGACACUUUAAUGCCUCUGCUGUGGAUUCGUUCACACCAGUUUAAUAUGAAUGUCUUUCCAUGAAAAUGAAAAAUAAACAAGACAGUUGAAGUAUGUUUCUUCUUAUUACAUCUACUCUAGGGAAUCAUUAUUCUAUGAUAAUAAUAGAUAUUUUGAGUCUGACUUGUCUUGGAGUUCCAACCAGCUUUUCAGAGGGGUGUGAAAAGGUCUCUGCAUCAAAGAUCCACCGUCCCAGGAGCAACACCGAGGUGCUAGCUGUUUAAACUAAACAAAGCUGGGCGGUCGCAAACGCCCACUUCAUUCUUCUGAACUCAAAAAGGUUGUGAACCACUGUGUAGAGUCGUCUAGCAAUUCAUUUUAAUAUGUCACUUCAUGCAGUUCAAAUCAUUUCAUCUUCUAUUUACUGACUUUUUGUGUAUUGGACCAAUUUACUGUUUCGUUACCGCUCACAUGGCCCCAAAGUAAUGACAACGUGACCUUUGUGCUGCCAACAACUUGCAACAUAUCCCUCCCAAAAAAAAGAAAAAAUGAACAUUUAUGUCACCAAAGAAGAAAAAACAAAGAGGACACACAGCCGGUACUGAUCCAGUGUAAUAUCGAUAACGGCCAAGCCGGGUAAAUCCUCUGCUUUCUUAUGGGGAAAGCCAAGCUGUGGGUUUGCUUUUUUCAAGUUAAUGGCUGGUCAAAGUCAAUGGCUGCCCUCCACCGAGGCUCCGCAUGGCACCAGGGGGACGAAAGGCACAGAAACGACGACCACCAGCUCCCUCCACGCAGGGCGCCAUUUGUUUCCUCUGAGAGACAUUUUUCCGUCCCUUUGAGGACAAGACUACCCACAGGCUUUAACUGCUCCUACCACCACGGAGCAGCCGGCAUUACCAAUCCUCUUAAGGAAACCCCCACCCCCUCCCAACCAGGACUGCUCUUUCUCCUUUUAUCCACUGUGAAACUAACAUUACAGCAUUAAAUAGGAGGUGUGUUUACUUCCAGCUUCCAAUCCAAACUUUUCACACAAUAAAUGCCUGGAAAUGACGCAGGUGGAGUUGACAGUUUACUCCCUUGAGUGGUUAAAUGAAUCUAAUGUUCUCUUAGUGGUGUCGGAUCAACACAGGGCAAAAAUUGAGGUGUUUGGGUAACUUGGGAUGGAGGGGAAAAUUAGAUUUAGUUGGUUUGCUCUUGAAAGAAAGGAGAUCUAUUGUAGCAUUGAUGUCGCUUCGACCUAUUUGGGUCAAAUUGAACUGUGCUGUGCUGCCGGGGUAAACUGACCCACUUUGAAUUUGUAGCACGAAAAUGACUGGAUACUGCAGACAUAUGUGUUAUAUUUUUCAUAUGUUCAGUUUCCAACCAUAUUUCCUACAUUUAAUGCGCAAAACAUGUUUUUCAAUUACAAUCCAAGCUGGGGUUUUGUAACUUCGUACUUUAUGAUAGUGGGGUAAACAGAUAUAUGCCAGCCAUUGCCAUGGUGAGAUGAGCUGGGGGAUGACCAGGGAACCUUAUGAAAGGAAAAACCGGGACAGCAACAGUGAUGUACGGUAGUAAGAUAUCAGUUAAAAACAAAUAACAAACCCAAAUCUUGCAUCACAUUUAUUCUAGAUAAUCAUUAUUUAGGUUUGAGAAAAUGAUGCCUCUGGAAAAUCUCUCUCAUUCACCAUUAUCACAUCCUAAAUUAUAUAACUUGACCAAAUUAAAGACAAUAGACACAAUAUUUUUUACCUCUAAGCAUUUACUUUAAUUUCAAUAAAUCAAUAAAGUAAGGGUCACCUAAGGGUUAACCCAUACCCCUUUUGCAUAUGUCACAUGAGUCCAAUGAGUUUCUAAAGUAUUGUUAUUAUUAUUAUUGGAAAUGGUACUUCACACACGGUAUUAAUCAGAAGAUGUUUUUAGUUCCUACAGUUAAAUUUCUUUUCCCCGUAUUCUGAAAUAGGCAUUAGCGUGAUACAAUGAUUUCUGCCUUGUGGGGUCAUUGACCGGCACACAGACGUAUUCUUUCUCAAGGAGAGAUUAUUUGAAAGCUGUAUUGCAGGAUCAGCUGGAAAUGCUGAAUAGCAGGCCAGUAUCUUAUCAAAACAUUGAGCAAACAAGAUGGAAUUUCAGUGCAAAAAGUAGGCUUACCAGCGAAUCACACUUUUGUUGCUCUUUUUCAAAAAUUAUUUGAAAUGUUCAGUUGAUGGUAAUCUGCUCCUCAUACAUAUAUGGCGUGUCGUGCAUGUCUUACUGUGAAAGAAUGUGCCCUCACCAAUUCCAACUCCCCUUGACUUUUGUUUGCAUCUGGCCAGUUGAUUGGAUGUUUGCAGUGCGGCGAUGCUUUCAAGUGCUAAUUGACAAUUUAUAAAAAUCCCUUUGGGUGAAAUAACCGGAUUUUCUGGUUUUGAAUUGGCAUUCCACUAAAUCUGAGAAAAACAACUUCAACAAUAAAUCAGUUGUGAAGGAUGUAAUCGGAAAUCAAUCGGUAUAGAAAAUAAUAAAGCGUGAUAGUAUUUGACAUUAAUAGUAUAAACAUCUGUUUCUACCACUUUCCGGCUUUUUUUCAGGCAUCUUUGGAGUUGGGGGUACCUGCGCACGCAGCUUGAAAUGCGCGUUUCCGGGAGCCCUCGAACGCAGCCGGGGUGUCUGUCGGGUCUCGUGCUGAGUGGAACAGCUUCACGGACUACAACAAUGACUGUGAGCAAGCAUGGCCGGGUAGUUUGAAUACACUUUACUUCAGUGAAAGGGCCGCUAAUAUUCACUACAUGUGCUCGUUUGGCGGGUUCCCGAGCACUGUGCUAAAUGGAGCUCGAGGACCAAUGGUGGAAAGGACAACUCGCUGCAGACAUCUACCAGGCGCUACGAUACAAAGAACUUAAGUUGCCAUCCUACAAAGGCCAGUCCCCCCAGCUCAACUUGAGGCGAUACUUUGCAGACCUCAUAGCCAUCGUCAGCAACCACUUCAGGCUGUGUCCUGCAGCCAGACACCUGGGCGUCUACCUGCUGGACCUCUUCAUGGACCGCUACGAUGUCACCGUGCAGCAGCUUCACAUGGUCUCGCUCUCGUGUCUUCUUUUGGCCAGUAAGUUUGAGGAAAGAGAGGACCGGGUGCCCAAGCUGGAGACCCUGAACAGCUUGGGCUGCAUGACCUCCAUGAACCUGGUCCUGACCAAGCAGAGUUUGCUUCACAUGGAGCUGCUCCUGCUGGAAUCCUUCCAGUGGAACCUUUACCUCCCCACAGCCGCUCAUUUCAUCGAAUACUACCUGUCUAUUGCCGUCCACGAGGGAGACCUCCAUGACGGCUGGCCGAUGACCUGCCUGGAGAAGACCAAACUAUACAUGGCCAAGUAUGCUGAUUACUUCCUGGAGGUUUCCUUGCAAGAUCAUAUGUUCUUGUGUUUCGCCCCCUCUCUGGUGUCCGCUGCGUGCGUGGUCACGUCCCGCAUCGUCCUCCACCUGUCCCCCUCAUGGCCGCCCCGACUGCAGCACCUCACGGCGUACACAUGGGAGAACCUGGUCCCGUGUGCAGAGAAACUACUCAUUGCACACGAGGGUGACGUCAAAGAGGCCAACAAGCAGAAGUGCCAGCAGCCCGGCCAGCAGCAGCAGCAGGGCCACGCAGUGUUCCACGGUUCGGGGCCGACAGUCGCUGUGGCCCAGUACCUGCACCGCUCCAGCCUGCAGUAUCCCCAGCAGCCCCCGCCGCAGCCAGGCCUGGCCCCUAACCACAGGCCCGCCUCCUACCUCAGCCACUCUGCCGCCAGCCUGCAGGCGCCCAACGACAACGCGCAGGCCCUCGCCGCCUCCCAGGAUCCAAAGUCCAGCAUUCCCAACAGGGCUUACCAAGUCAGCAUGCACUACACAUGCGCCGCCCCGUGCUUCGACAGAUGAUAGACCUUUUCCUGAAGGUCUUUUUUUUUUUUUUUUUGGGUGGCAAGACAUAAUAGAUGGUGAUCUGUUUCUCUUGAACGUAAUCUAACACAGUGAAGAAGAAAUAAGUGUUUUUAAUUUGGAGAGACCUGAUGUACUUGGUACAGCACUUUGAACCACAAGGUGUACAUAAUGUGCAAUAUGCAUGCUCUGCAGUCAUUAAAUGCAUGGAGCUGGCAUUAGGAUUUCUGUUUGUUUGAGAUAUCGGGUGUGAAUGUUGUUGUGAUGUGGGCUAGAGGCAGAGUUUGCACCACUGUAUCCACUAGUGUCACUGUAUAAUUUAGCUGCAGACCAAAAGUCUUGUAUUUAUUUGAGCCAAAUUACCUCAAAAGUUUUGACAAAAUACCUCGUGCCUUUAUCCUUUGAGUUUAAGGCCAGUUACAAAAAGGGACUUGUGUUGGUUUAUGGUUAAGAUUGGAGAGCACAGUUUUCUGUACCUCAAACUUUUCUCUGUUUCUCCUUUUUGUUUUUGUGAUGAGUGUCAUUUGUAAAAAAGAAAGGGAAGAAAAUAAAUCAACUCUCUUGAUCUCGCAAUUUGUUUGCGGUUUCUCUUCUGUACACGGAGGAUUUCAAUCAGUGCUAUGCACUUCUAUGAUCAUUUUAAAUAAAAUACAUAUCUGUGUUGGUUGAACUGA